AGCAGGACGGGCUGCGAGCCGGCUUAGCUCCGCCCGCCUGGGCAAUGCCGCCGCCUCCCUCUCACUCCUCUCCGCAGCUGCCUCUCGGCCCCCGGCCCCGGCGGCGGGGGCUGCACAGCGAGGCGCCGGGGCGGCCCGCGCCGGCGGCUUGGGAGGCAGAAGAGGAGGCUCGGCUCUGGAGAGAGGCGGCGGCGGCGGCUCCCCCCCCCCGGCCAGAGCGCGUUCCAGCCCGCCGCAGGUGGAGCUGCCUCAUCUGGGGAGCAUUCGCCCUCCCGGCGAUUGCUUUAUAGCACCGGCUGCCCCCGCCCCGAUCGUCCCGGGCAGCCGCUCGAAGCUAUCGGAGCGCGCGCGCGCGCCGCCCGCUCUGGGUAACGGUCGUUACCCGCCACCGACAGAAGCCAAAGGGGCCAGGCGGGCUCGUGGCGCCUCCGAGACGAACGCCCUGAUUGGAGCAGAAGCUUCCCUGAGCCCCCGGCUGCCUUCCUCGGGGCGCGAGGCGGGGCCCCCCCGCGCGGAGGCGGGGCCGGGCUGGCGGACCAAGUAGCUGAAGUUGGCUUGAGGCGGCCCGGAGCGGGGACGCGCCGAGGGCGCCCGAGAGGACGCCGCCGCCGCCGCAGCCGCAGCCCUGCUCCUUUUCUUUUCGGCACUUUUCGCCGCUCUUCCGCCCCACGCUCCGGCCGCAUGGCGCGGGGUGCGGGCGAGGGAGGCCGCUAAGUGAUACGGAGAAUACACAGACACAUACUGGAACGGUGGCUGGGAAGGGAAGCCCCUUCUUCCUUUCUAAUGGAGCAUUGCAGUUGCGUUAGUUCACAUCAACUCGCGAAUGUAAAAAAGAUAAAAUAAUCUCUCAGGCCUUGCAGUUUCAGGCAACUUGGAAAAAAAGUAAAAAUCAAAUAAAAUAGAAACUCAGAAAGGAUCAAAUAUGCAAAGCCAACAGAAAACGGAAACAACUCUUUUGGUGGAAAAACAGUGGCUUGUGCCCCUUCCAAGUGUUUUACUUUUACUUCAUGAUGGGAAGAGUAGAAUCAUCGGAACCAUUGAGACAGAGGGUGGAUUUCACUAGUUGAAGAUGAAAUGAAGAUAAUAGAAAAUGACAUGAGAGCAUAUUGUGUAUUUUAUGAGUAUUCAUCCAAACAAACCUUCCACAAAUAGACAUGAACAGGAAUUAGAAAUGCUAUAUAUUUUCCAGAGAGAGAGAGAGAGAGAGAGAGAGGCUAAUGGAGAAAUGUUGUUGUUUUCCUCCCCCACUUUCACCCUCUCAAGUCUAUGAAGAAGAAAAUUUUGUACACAAAUGAGAGAACAGGAAGGCUAAGGAGAGUAAAUUUAACAUCUGAGUGUAUUGUAGAAAGUACUGAGCAUUUCUACUUCAACAAAAACAAAACAUUGUUCUGAAUAACUGUUAUGAUUUCAUCAUCGGUGCAGUUGUUUCCUACUCUAGGAAUGGCAUUUUAUCAGUGUGUGAGGGGGAAAGAUUUUUGUGUGAAUUCAGUUAUUUUAAAUUCAAGUUUUGGGGUCUUUUGCUUUUCAGCAAAAAAGAUACUACGUUUUUUAGUCCCUUGAGUUGUAUAAUCAGACUGUGUUUCACAUGGAAAAUGUAGCGACUUUACCUUCCCUUUAGUUUUAUGUGUUAUGCUUUACCAUUGUAGCUGUGCAAAGUACAGGCAGACCAGGCACCUGUGGUUCAACUUUUCAGAAAUCCUUUGUUUUGUUUUCAGUACUGUACUUCAGAUUGCAAAUAGGCUGAGCAGCGAGUCUAUCUUAUUCUUUUCUUUUUAAGCAGAAAUGCCUUAAGUGUACAUUGUUAUAUUAGCUGGAUCAACAUUUGACAUCUGAACACUGUGUUUUGUAAAGAUGUAUGCUUGAAGGGAAGGAACUGUCUAAUGGAUCAUGGCUCUUAUGUUUACAGUACAUAUUUUAUUCCUAGGGUUAGCGAUGUUUGCUCUCUCCACUUUUGAAGAAUUUGUGAGCAAUUACUCUGACUGGGUGACAUUCACAGAAAAUGUGGAUCAGUAUGAGAAACAGAAACUGCAAGAUUUCAGUGUUGACGAGAAGCUGAAAAAAAACGUUCUUCAUCCAAGCUUAUAUUUUGAUGCUGAAGAUAUCCAAGCACUGAGGCAAAAGUCUCGUACAAGCCACUUACAUCUGUUCAGAGCUAUCAGAGGUGCAGUGACAGUUAUGCUGUCCAACCCAUCAUACUACCUACCUCCACCCAAGCAUGCUGAUUUUGCUGCAAAGUGGAAUGAGAUUUAUGGUAACAAUCUGCCUCCCUUAGCUUUUUAUUGUUUGCUAUGCCCGGAAGAUAAAGCUGCCUUUGAUUUUGUUCUAGAAUACAUGGACAGAAUGGCUGGUUACAAAGACUGGCUGGUUGAGAAUGCUCCAGGAGAUGAAGUGCCACUUGGCCACUCCUUAACAGGUUUUGCCACUGCUUUUGACUUCUUAUAUAGCUCACUGGAUAACAUCAGAAGACAAAAAUAUCUAAAGAAGAUAUGGAUUGUGAGUGAGGAAAUGUACGAAUAUUCCAAAGUCCGCUCAUGGGGAAAGCAACUUCUCCAUAACCACCAAGCCACUAAUAUGCUAGCACUGCUCACAGGCGCCCUGGUUACUGGGGUGGACAAAAAAUCUCAGACAAAUAUUUGGAAACAUGCUGUGGUUGAUGUGAUGGAAAAAACCAUGUUUCUGCUCAAUCACAUUGUAGAUGGCUCUUUGGAUGAAGGAGUAGCUUAUGGCAGUUACACAGCUAAGUCAGUAACCCAGUAUGUUUUCCUGGCCCAGCGCCAUUUUGGUAUUAAUAACCUAGAAAACAAUUGGCUGAAAAUGCACUUUUGGUUUUAUUAUGCCACACUGUUACCAGGCUAUCAGAGGACUGUGGGCAUAGCAGAUUCUAAUUAUAACUGGUUUUAUGGCCCUGAAAGCCAGUUGGUUUUCCUGGAUAAGUUUGUAAUGAAGAAUGGAGCUGGCAAUUGGCUGGCACAACAGAUUAGAAAGCACAGGCCCAAGGAUGGCCCAAUGGUGCCAUCCACUGCACAAAGGUGGAGCACACUUCACACUGAAUACAUCUGGUAUGCUGCAGAACUAACGCCCCAACCUCCCCCUGACUAUGGCACUGCUAAGAUGCAUGUGUUUCCUAACUGGGGGGUUGUUACUUAUGGGGCUGGGUUGCCAAAUACUCAGACCAACACCUUUGUGUCUUUUAAAUCUGGAAAGCUUGGUGGCCGUGCUGUCUAUGACAUAGUUCACUUUCAGCCAUAUUCCUGGAUUGAUGGGUGGAGGAGUUUUAAUCCAGGGCAUGAACAUCCAGAUCAGAACUCCUUUACUUUUGCCCCCAAUGGACAGGUGUUUGUAUCCGAGGCCCUAUAUGGACCCAAGUUCAGCCACUUGAAUAAUAUACUGGUGUUUGCUCCAUCUCCUACAAGUCAGUGUAAUCAACCUUGGGAGGGACAACUUGGGGAGUGUGCACAGUGGCUUAAGUGGAUUGGUGAUGAGGUUGGAGACUCAGCUGGGGAGAUUAUAACAGCCUCUCAGCAUGGGGAGAUGAUGUUUGUGAGUGGUGAGGCAGCAUCUGCCUACUCUUCUGCAAUGAAACUGAAAAGCGUGUAUCGUACUUUGCUACUCCUAAAUGCUCAGACAUUGCUAGUAGUAGACCAUAUUGAGAAGGAGAAAGACUCUCCCCUCAGCUCUGUCAGUGCCUUCUUUCAUAAUCUUGACAUUGAUUUUAAAUAUAUACCCUAUAAGUUUAUGAACAAAUAUAGUGGAGCCAUGAUGGAUGUGUGGGAUGCUCACUAUAAGAUGUUUUGGUUUGAUCAUCAUGGGAGUAGUCCUGUUGCCAGGAUACAAGAGGCAGAGCAAGCAGCAGAGUUCAAAAAGCGGUGGACUCAGUUCAUAAACGUCACCUUUCCUAUGAAAACCACUGUUACAAGAAUCGCAUAUGUGUUCUAUGGACCGUAUGUUAAUGUUUCUAACUGCAGGUUCAUAGAUGAUUCCAAAUAUGGAGUUCAGAUUUUUCUAAAUGUCAACAACAGUGAAAAUAUUGUCUCCAUUGUCACUGAAUAUCACAGUCUGAGGACAAGGUUCAAUUAUUUGGGAUUUGGUGGCUUUGCCAAGGUAGCUGAUCAAAACAAAGUUAUCAAAUUUGGUCUAGGCAGUGAAGCUGUACGAGAACAGAUAACAAAUAAUAGAACAAUUUUCCCAUUUGGAUUCAAAAUGAAUAUAAUAGCAGGAUUAGUUUUGGGCAUUAGUUUGGUAAUACUGGCUUUUCAGAGGCGGUUUUACAUUUCCUUCAGCAAAUUGUUGCGCUGGAUACUAAUACUGGUUAUCACACUGUGGUUUAUUGAACUGGUAGAUGUAUGGAGCACUUGCACUCAGCCUAUCUGUGCAAAAUGGAGCAGUGACAUCAUAAAUGUAGACCCCAAUACAGGCAAUACAGCCAAACAGUUAGAAGGAAACCCUGUUGUUUUGCCAGAUGUUGUAAUUACCUCACUUCCCAGUUCCGGAGCAGACAUUUUAAAGCAACUUUUUUUUAACAGCAGUGAUUUCAUAUAUAUCAGGAUCCCUACAACUUACCUUGAUAUCCCUGAAACUGAAUUUGAAAUGGACUCAUUUGUAGAUGCAUGUGAAUGGAAGGCAUCUGAUAUCCAAAGUGGCCGUUUCCGUCUACUCCGAGGCUGGCUUCAAUCCCUAGUCCAAGAUACAAAACUUCAUUUACAAAAUAUUCAUUUACAUGAAGCCAGCAGAAGUAAAUUAGCUCAGCAAUUUACCCUAAGUAAGGAUAAAAAGAGAAGAUCCAGAAAGAAGGAGUCUUUGUCAGAACAAAGAAGCACAAGAGGAAAAUUAGACAAAGAUGCUGAAUACGUUAGGGAACUGAGGAGACACCUUGCCUAUUAUCCAAAUGCACGUCCUGUGCUUAGUUUAAGUAGUGGGAGUUGGACAUUAAAGCUUCCUUUCUUUCAAGAAAUCAUAGGUCCCUCAAUGAGGGCAUUGUAUGUAGUAAGGGACCCUCGGGCAUGGAUCUACUCAAUGUUGUAUAAAAGUAAACCAAGCCUUUACUCCUUGAAAAAUGUUCCUCAGCACUUAGCUAUGCUGUUUAAAGUGGAAGGCGGGAAAGAAAAGUGUGGUUUAAAUUCAGGCUAUGCCUUUGAAUAUGAAUCACUGAGGGAAGAACUCUUGGAUUCUAGGUCAAAUGCAGUUUCUGUUCUGUCCCAUUUGUGGCUAGCAAACACAGCAGCAGCGCUACGAGUAAACGGGGAUCUGCUGCAGGCAAAUUAUCAGCUGGUCAAGUUUGAAGAUAUUGUGAGCUCUCCUCAGAAGACAGCUGAAGCAAUUUAUGCUUUCCUUGGUAUUCCUCUGUCUCCUGCUAGCUUAAACCAAAUAUUGUUUGCCACCUCCACCAAUCUUUUCUACCUUCCUUAUGAGGGGGAAAUAUCACCAACUAGUAUUCAUGCCUGGGAACAAAAUAUGCCUAUUGAAGAAGUUAGACUGAUUGAGGACAUCUGCUGUACCUUGAUGGACCGCUUAGGAUACCCAAAGUUUACAGUUUAAGUGCUGCAGGUCAGCAGUAGUUUGCACUAAUGAUCCCCAACUCCUCAGUGUGUGAAUAAGAAUUAGAGAAGUUUGUUUAUUCUUGUAAAAUGUGUGUAUAAUCUGUUACAUUCAGAAAGAUUUAUUUAAAAAAUAGGUAUUUGUUCUAGCCGGAUUUUAAAAAACAAAAACUUAUAACUACUUUUUCUGCCUUUCAAAUAAAGCUGUGUGAACCUUUACAAAUCUGCCAGCCGGGGAAGGGAUAGGUCAAGGGAUGGGUAAUAAACUGUGGAGCCUUGCACUUCGGGUGAACAAUAUGACUCCAGCCCAAGUGGGUAGUUGCCCAAAGUAGUUACCAUCUGAUAACUGUUUGGUGGCCUACAUGAAAUGAGUUGGUGGUCUCAGCCCAGUUCGUAAUGGCAGUGCGCUUGGGAUCAGAUUUGCAGGUAUAUUCUGGCCAUUUGCUACUCCAAUGGCACAAAGUAGCCAUAAACUCAUUAAAACUGGGGUUUAAAUCUGUUGUUCAUCACUUGAGUUGGUGUACUGGUAAAUCUGGCUCCUUAUUAGCAGUCUCAGCAGACAGGCCAAGGACUGACGAGGCAUAGUAACUGAAUGACGUGAUAUGGUUCCUCCACGUCAGAACUGAGGCACUUUGUUAGGGUUUUAUGAGAAUGAGUUCUUGCUGUAACCAUUCUGUAGAUAAAGAGAAGACUUCAGUCUCCAGUUGCAUCAAUCUGGCACCUUCUGUGAGCACUAAAUGAAUUAUGGGGAUGGGGGAAGAGGGGAACCAUCACAAGAAAUCCACAAAACCCCAUAAAUCUAUCAGUUAAAUAGUAGCUGGGAGGUUUCUAAAGGAUCCUGUGAAACUCCGACACUGCUCCACCAUACUAAACUGCUCCUGGAUUUUCAAAGCUGCUAAUGCCCUUGCUACUGAUGCUGCUGCUCUGUGCAGCUCCUCUCCGCUAAGAGAAGCUGAAGGAACUUCCUCUUUCUCAAUAAGACUCCUCCAUCUUUCUUUCUUUGUUGUAACACAUUAUGGAGUCUCUUCUCUUUUAGCUGACCAUUGUGCAUAACUCUCACUAAUUCCAGUGGCAAAGGUGUAAAAGUUCCUGUCAAUGCAAACAUUUGAUGUCGUUAUCAGUGGUAAUAUAUUAAUAUCUGGAUCAGGUGGGAAUGUAGUGAUUAGAGCCCAAAUAAAUCUCCAGACCUGUGUUUCAUCGAGAGAUGAUUAGCUUUUCUGUAUAUUGGAUCUGCCAGCAACAUUUUAUGGCUGGUCAAGGUUGCUCUUUGUGUUGAGUCACUUCAAAGAGGUUUCUCUUACCUAAUCCAAGCUUGGAUGACAGUCUCAGUAAUUUAUUUCCAACAUCUGAUUAUUUUAAAAUAUGAUCCUGAUUUCUUUAAAUCUGCACUGAAAUGUCACAUUGAUUUGGAAAUAAACACCCUUUGUUGGGUGAAUAUUUGCUUUUGGUAAUAUCUUUGUUAUGCUGCUCUUGUGGUUGUUCCUUGAGCCAUAUUUUUUUUUCUUUUCAGAAUGUUCUUUUAAAAAAAAAAGAAUGUUGAAAGUCUCCUAAUUUAUCUUACUCAUUUCUUACUCUAUCUUAUCUUUUCUCUAUCUUACUCAGUUCUUUUGAAAUGCACACAUACUGUAAAUGUCUGUAGAUGUGUAAAUCAAACCAUAGAUUAUGUCAGAGACAUCUGCUUCCUUUACCAAAUGUUCGGGUUCUCCCUCCCUCCCCAUUACAAAUGAAGUUGUCAUGAAAUGUGCUUAGUUUUGUUUGUAGGAGCUGGAAUCAGAGUUUUGUGCCAUUAUAUUGAAAUAUAACGGUAGAGUAAUUACCAUAGAUUUGGGUGGCAAGCAUUAGGCAAUGUCAAGAUGUAAUGAGUUUCUCUCUACAGAUUGCAAUCCUCUUGCUGAUAUUUAAUAUUAACAUCUUGCUGAUGUUCUCCCCUUUUUCUUGCUGUCCCCCUCUACCCUGCACACCCAUACAGAUUUUUUGCACCCUCUGCAUCAUUUUGUGAUCUCUUCUUCUGACCUAGAUAAAAGUGACUCUUUCUCAGCCAUUCAUUAUUAUGUCAAAAUGUGCCUCUAGUGUGAUAAAGCUGUUGAUAGGUUGCAGUCUCACUAACCAUAAUUUGGCUGUCACUUUCCUUUGACUGUAAUAGGAACUUGAAGCUGUUUUUUUCCCUUCUUUCCCGGGAUUUACCUCUGGCUAGGUAGAAUAUCGUGUUAAAAGAAAUAUUAAAGUUUGUUAAUGUACACUAACAUGUCAGUGAAAUUUUGGAUCCCGACUAUCAUUCUCUCAAAUCAGUAUUUUUUUCUCUCUCUCUGUUAUCAGUCAUAUGUAAAAUUGUUGCCAACACCAUUGCUUUUAUUUGACAGACUAAGUCAGAACAUUUGCUUUUCUUCCCAGGAUUUAUGAUCUUGAAUCAGAACAAAUAGAAAGGCUUUCCUCUGUCAUCUGUUUUAGGACUGCUCAAAGUAAGACUCAGAAUUGACUGUGUUUUGGGGGAUGUAGGAAAGAAUAUAAAAAUCUCUUCUUGAUAGUGCUGCAUGAAAGGCUACGAAUAGGUUUUUAAACCAGCUCUUUUUGAGGGGCUGAAGUGAAAAGGGGGACGCUCAUGUAUCAAUAGGUCGUCCCUGAGGUUUUCAGCAUAUAGGGUUAUCUCAUGCCUUUUGGCCGAUAGUACAUGUCACUACUAUAAUUUAUUCUGGCAUACACAAAAUUUAGGACCUAGUUAUCCACAGUCUUGCAUCUUCUGAAAUUAAAGCAACUAUAAUGUGCUCCUGUUUAGGUUUGGUAGUGUUUUAUACCCCUUUGUACAGAUGUAAUUGACUCCACUAGGUGCACGACGGGGGAGAAUUAGAUUCUUUGUUCCCAGACCUUUUUUGGAAAGAGAGUUUUAUACAAAAGCACAAAAAUUAAAAGAAAAAGAAUGAAUUUAGAGAAAGUAAUGACUGAAAGCCAUAGUCAUAAAGUUUCAAAAUUCUAAUUUUAUGCAUUAUGGGAGCUUAAAAUAAAACAAUAUCAUAUAUUCUAAGGAAAUUGAGCACAUGGUGCUUUUGCUUCAAAACUGCUAACAAAGAACCCUAUGAUAGAGAACAUUUCUACUUGCUGGGAAGGAAAGAGCAUAUGUCAACUAAACCACAAAGGACUAUGUAUAAAAGUAGUUUAUGGGACUGGAUUAAUCUCACAAAAGGAAAGAAUAUCAGAGCAAUUGAGGCUCUGCAGUGUUGUGGGGGCCUAAUUUCUAUAGUACACUCAACACCAACGAGAAGCCAGAAAUCCCAGGACAGCAGAUUUGAAUUUUUAAUUUUUUAGUCCAUAUAAAAUUAAAAUAUUACUAAAAAUGCAAUGUCCCAGAGCUUCAUGCUGAUCCUACUUCAUGCUGAUCCUGCUUUUGCAUGUAUCAUGCCUCCAUUGUCCAGUGGGUUCACCAAUUUUGCAGUCCACUCAUACAAAAAAUAUCCAUUUGCUUCAAGUUGCGUGGCCUGUGAAUGAAAAGAGUGCAGGAUCAAAGUGUAAUCAAAUGUGUCUAAAUUUAUAUGAAGUCACCUGCAUAACAGUUUAUGGAUUUUGGUAGCAUUUUAGAAACUGCACACUAUAAUUAGAGCUGGUUUGGAAAAAAAAAGUCUGUCAGUUUUUUGUUUUAACAGAAAAUAGCUUUUCAACGCAGUGGAAAUUUCAUUCAAAAAUACCUGUUUUCAUGAGAUAAAUAAGGGUUUUUUUAAUCAUAAAACAUUAAACUGAAAACAAAAUACUGGUUUUGACAAAAACAUGAAAAAUUGUUUUGAACAAAGUUGAUAACUCCCCUCCAUUUUUGUCUAAAUUUGGACAAAAAUCGGAAGAAAAAUUCCAGUCAGCUCUCCCUACAAUUCAAAUGUGCAUUCAGUUGGCUCUCAGACUCUGUUCUGUUGCCUCUGUAUAACUCUGCUGAAACAUAGCCAAGUUGCAUUGGUGUAGGUGAAAGCAGAAUUUGGCCCACUUUUGACCAAGUGUUCCAAAAUUAGGCUUCCAGGCUUUGACAGCUGCCGUAUCUUUUAAUCAUUCUGUUAUGCCCAGGGACAGAUGAGAAGAUGGAAAAAUAAUAAGGUACAUCAAUCUAUUGUUUUAGGUUGAAGAAAUCAAUACUUUGAAAAUUAUCUUUUAAUUAACAGCUAGUUAUAAGUAAAAUAAGCUGUGGGAGGCCUGAAAUCUGAUAAUAUGGCAACUCUCCAGUUACUUUUAAUUUAAAAUAGAUCUGUUAAAUUUUAAAUGAUUUCUGAGUUAGUUACAUGACUCCAUGACCACAAUAAGUACUUGUCAGAAGAUAUGUCUAUGCUGUUGCUGGGAGUGUGCCUCCCAGCCCAGAUAGGAAGAGACACAUUAGCUUAUCUCCAGCCAAUGUGCUAAAAAUAGGAGUAUGAACAUUGUGGCAUGAACUAGCCACCCACGUCCAAGCCUGGUUGACCCCUUGGAUGCGAGCUCAGGUGACUAGCCCAAGCUGCCACCCUUACUACAAUAUCCAUGCUGUUAUUUUUAGCAUGCUAGCUCAAGCUGAGUUAGUAUGUAUUUGUUUAUCUCGGCUGGGAGACAUUCUCCCAGCUGCAGUGUAGACAUACCAAGAGGGUCUCUCAAUCAGGUGAAUGCUGAAUGCCUUUGUACUGAAAUUCUAAGCUAGAACCCUCAAUGUAUAAAAAUCUAAGUUAACAGGCAGGGCAAGCAGAGAGCUGGAAAAAUAUGUACACUAGUUAGGAGAAUGCCCACUGCAAACCCAUAUCUGAGACCUGUGUGUAUGUUUCAUUUAGAAAUUAAAUAGAAAGAGGUAUUAGGGGAAGUAGGAAUAGAUAAUCCAGGGGAUUGGUAAUGAAUAGGAACCUUUCUUUGGUAUAUCACUGGUUUGAGUCUAGCUCUAGGUCAUUACAGACCUAUGGUCAUUACCAUAUUGACCAAAUCCUGUUGAUUUACCCAUACAAGUAGUGCCAUUGACUUCAGUGGAAGAACAUGGAUGAGGAAGGCAAGUGGGAUUUACACAGACUGUAUCAGGAUUCAAGGCCAAGACUAUAACAGGGUUCAAAAAAAAACUAGAUAAAUUCAUGGAGGAGAGGUCCAUCAAUGGCUAUGAGCCAGGAUGGGCAGAGAUGAUGUCCCUAGCCUCUGUUUGCCAGAAGCUGGGAAUGGACAAUGGGAUGGAGCACUUGAUCACUGUUCUGUUCAGUCCCUCUGGGGCACCUGGCAUUCGCCACUCUCGGAAGACAAGAUACUGGGCUAGAUGGACCUGUGGUCUGACCCAGUAUGGCCGUUCUUACAUAGUUAAAUUAAUUGGUGGACUCAGUAUUGUUAUUGACAGUUCGUGAUCACAUUAUGAAAACCACCAUCACAACUGGCAUCCUUAUUAAUAGCCUCAAUAUUUUUCCACUGGCAGAUCAUGGAUACAGGAGUUCAGUACCCUGCUAUCAUUCUGGCACCUUUCACUAGUACUAACAUUCAAAUGCUCAUCCAAACCAACCUCAGUUCUUUAAGAUGCCAGUUUUCCAGAAAAUAAUGAAUUUUUGGACAUUUACAUUUUGAAAAUUUCAAUAUUUCCAUGUAUAAAUGCAUUCAGCUUCCAUUAGAUAAAGAAUUUUUCCACAGAAAUAGAUUUUUACUCAUUAUAAACAGUCUUUUAAUUUCACUCAUGCACAGAAAGCCAAAAAAAAAAAAAAAGUAAGGUGAAAGCUUUUGUCAAAAUGACAUUGACGCAGACAUGAGAUUUCACCUACUGUAAUGAUAACUUAUUUCCAUGGUUCUAUUCAUGGAUCAGAUAAAAUUUUUUGUUUAAAAUGAAAAUUCAAAUAUUUCACUAUUUAUUGCCUUGAGAUGAUGUGACAAAUGACAUCCAGAAGACAGCUGGAUCUUUAGGGGACUAUAGGUUAUUUCUAAUAUUAUGGUCUUGUUACUGUGAUUUUCUUGAUUAAUAUGACCAGGUGUAACCUUUUGAAAUUCUGCAGUAUCUGUACUCAAAACAUUUGCCUUAGGUAAUUCAUGAUCAAGGGUAAAAGUACAGUCCUGAUAUAAUUGGCAAACAUGUAAAGAGCACUUGUGCGAGUGACUUGUUUGUUGUUAUAUUUGGAAAUAAACGUAAAGUAUUUUUGUAA